AUGGAAUUUCAAUUAGAAGUAGGCGAUACGCCUAUAACAACUGAUCAAGGCUUCAACAUGAUAUUAGCUCUUAAAGAUGAACCCAGAUUUCCUUGUAUGGCUCAUCGAACUAAUACUACAUUAUUAGAACCAUCUCCAAAGAAACGUAAACAUGAUCCAUUUAAAAUGUUCAGACAAGAAGAAACUGCACCAACACCAACAUUAGAAUCAACAUUAAAACAAGAAAUUGAAACACAUGCAACAAUGCCUGGUGCUCUAGAAUUUAGAAAUAAUCCAUUAAUGUUUUGGUAUAGAUAUCGACGUACAAUGUCAAGUUUAGCAUACACUUCAAAAAAUGUAUUUAUUAUUCAAGCGUCAAGCGUUGAAUCAGAAAGGCAUUUCUCAUCAAGUGGUCAAAUUGUUUGCGAAACAAGAAGUAGUUUGCAAUCAGAAGCUGUUGAAUCAUUUGCCGUUUUAUGUGAGCCACUUAUUAAUAAUACAUGGCCGAAGUAG